UACUAUUCAAAAGUCAAAACUCUAAACUCUUCAUCCUUCCCCAAAAUCAGAAGUCCAAAAGAAAAGAAAGCUGGGUUUUAGUUGUUUACCGUUUUACUGAUUGGCCUUCGCCGACGGUUCAAUUCCGCUCUCUCCCACAACCGCCGAGAUGGGGGAAUUCUGGUGGUCCCUUUUGGGUGCUGCAAUCCCUUUGGUUGUUGCAGGACAAGCUUUUAGGGUGAAGAAGAGGAAUGCAGAGGAGCAGAGGCUGAAGAGCACAAGGGGAAGAGAAAGGAGCUCCGAUGAAAUCUUUGUCUGCGAAAGGGUAUGCACAUCGAAGAGGAUGUUGAAGAAGGUUGGCUCAUUCUCAAAGGACCCCAUUCCUGAUACUUGUGUCACUGUCUGUGGUGUAUCUGACCUUGAUGCGUGCGCUGACGCUUGCGCUCGCACUGUUUGUGUUAACCAGCAUCAGGUACCUAAUUGGAAUGACAUAUGCCUUAGGAGGUGCCAGAGUGAAUGCCUGAAACUCUCAUCUCAAUCUUCCUAACUGAUGGAUUGUCAGAUUUAGUGCAAAGAAAAAGUUUGUGUAUACAUUUGCAUGUUUUUGUUUCAUCAUUUUAACUCUAUAAUCCCAGUUUUCUUGGGCAAUCCUAUGGAAAUGCAAAUGGGAAAUUAGUCAACUAGAUCAUAGUUCAUUUAUGAUCAAAUGCUUGUUUCUUUUGCUGCUCUAUCUGUAAUUUAUGGUGGCAUUCACACACGUUCAAUGUUUUAGCAUUAUGUUAUGAUUGGCAACAAAGCAAAGUGAGGACGGCAAUGCGUAAUGCUCAACGGAAAAUGUAAUGUUGCCACAAUGGGAAUGGGUGUGAUUGCUGCCCGAACUUUAGACUUCGGUGCAUGAAGUGUGGAAACAUUGCCAUA